UCCGCACCGCUUUACUCUGCUCCGUACUGUUCCUUGCCGUUUCGCUCCGCUCCGCAGAGCGCACAGUGUGCACUGUGCGUUGUUCUGUGCGCGACGCGGUUGUACGCAGCGUGCUCGCUCAGCUGUUGUUUCGGCUGAAGUGAAGUGACAGUGCCGCAUCGGUGUGGUGCACGAUGUGGAAAUCAAUCUCGUGAAGGCGGCGGCGACGGUCGAGGUGGCCCGCGGUGAGCGGCAGCGCGUCGCAACUGCUGCUGCUGCUGCAAAUCCGUGAGUCGGGAAAAAUGAACGGGAGUCUGGGGAUAACGCGCGGUCCGGAGCAACAUCCACAGCGAUUCGCGGAUUACUUUGUCAUAUGCGGCCUCGACAAGGACUCGGGUCUUGAACCGGACAAGUACUUCGGUGACUCAUUACAGUGCACACCCUUGGAUCGAGCAUACAAAAGCAAAGUAUUAGGACAUUAUCCAGACUCGGUACCAUGGAAUGGUCCCUUCGACGAACACGCUGUCUGCAUGCUUUGUCUGCCAAGCGGUUUGCGAUUUCGUACACAAAAGCACUCGGUGGAGCCGAUCUUCCAUUCCUUCGUCCUCACGAAAGAAGAUGGUCACAGAACAUACGGAUUCAGCCUCGUUUUUUAUGAGGAGUGCCGCAAUCGCAAAAUAUGCUCCGCUAUGCAAACGCUACAGGCGAUGCACAUCACGGAGCUCAGCAGCGGUCAAAACGGCACGCCCCCCACUGCGAGGAAGGGUCAGGAUGGACAUAAUACGAGAUCGCUGCCUCGUCAUUUUAAAUUGUCGGCUCAUUCGCCUGGUGCUGCAUUAGGAUAUUACGAUUCUACCAAAGACAAGUUGCUAGUGACUAAAUCAAUAUCCUUGCUAUGCCAACAACCUUACCUCCAUGCGACAAAGACGUUCCUCACUAAUCUCUAUAAAUGUGUUCCUAGACAUCCCGGACCUGGUCUUAGCUUAGAAUCUUAUGUGUAUAAUCUUCUGUAUAACGUACCAGUACCGUUACCUGGUAAAUCGUUGAAGUUUUUUGUACCUAAUGAUGAACCGGCAAAAUCGCCAUUAGAAUUGGUUAUCCAUCAGCCGUCUUCAUCACUGGAGUUACCAAUGUUGGACUAUCCUCUCAAAGAUGUGUUCACGUGGUUGGGCGCAGAUUGCCUAAUCCAAUUGUUCACAUGCGUGCUGUUGGAGAAUCAAGUUCUGUUGAGAAGCGCUGAUUUUCACAAGCUGAUGGUGGUGUCUGAAUGCAUAACGGCGCUCUUGUUUCCUUUCUCGUGGCAACACGUUUACGUACCAAUAUUACCCGCCAGUCUGCAUCACUUCUUAGAUGCACCUGUGCCCUUCAUAAUGGGUCUACAUGCGCACAAUGAGGGUGGUGUAUUGAAAAUCGCUAGCGAAGCAAAUCUUUGUUAUGUAGAUAUAGAUAAGCAAAGUAGCCAAUUUCCGGAAGAAUUACCCGUGUUUCCUCAUAAAAUGCAAUUUAUUAAUGAGAUCAGAGCGCUUCUAAACAAGUACAAAAUACCACAUUCAGGAAAGACUGAUAAUAUGGUUAUUAACUAUUACAAUGGUGACAUCAUGACCAGUAGCCUGACACUUCCCGGUUCUGGUUUUCAUCUUCCUCGCAGAAAACAUUCUUUGCACGAUGUGCUAGAUUGGGAUCGGCCGGAACCAGGACCACAGUCAGACAAUCUGCAAAGAACAGUGGAUAUUGUUAAGAGACCAGUGAACAUGGAUGACAUUGAUCCUAUAGAGGAUACCACGGAAAAAAUACUCACGCCGCAAGAAGAAUAUCAAGAGACUCUUAUUUUUAAUAAUGCUAUUAGGGAGAUUUUUUUGAACCGUUUUGUACAAAUGUUUUCUAGUUAUGAACAUUUUGUUAUUCAACCAAGUCAGGAUAAAGAUGAAUGGAUAAAUAACAGGGAUAGUAUGCAUGUUUUUGACAAGGCCACGUUUUUAUCUGAUCAGCCGACACAGCAUCUGCCAUUUUUGUCGAGAUUCCUGGAAACACAGAUGUUCGCUUCUCUUGUCGACAGCAAAGUCAUGUCGACGUGGAGUGAACUCGACUGUAACAUUAAAGUUUUUGACCAAAGGAUCUCCGCUUUAAAGAAAAAAGUCGGAGAAAGUAUUAUACGAUCAAUGCGAUACGAGUCUUGCACGGGCAUCGCAGAUACGCAACAAAUACUCGAACAGAGAUUAAUUAACAUAGAUUUUGAAACAAAUCCGCCUACAGAGAUUCUUCCUCAUAGAGCCGCAUAUUUUCGGAGUUUUCCGUUACUGGAUAACGUCGUGUUGAAUAAGGAACCUGCUCAAAGUAUACUUCGUAGUAGGAGAGGGCAGACACAAUGGAAAUACAAGAUGAAAUCUAUGGAUACGAACGGAAAACCUGCAAUACCCCAAGAAUCUCAGUCACCCCGACCUCAAACUAAACUCUCGGCAGACAUGAGCCCUGCUUUAAUAGCGCAAGCUAAUUGGACAUUUGUAGAAAAAUUGCUCAAGGAUUGUAAGUCCAAGACGAAGAGAAUGUUAGUGGAAAAAAUGGGAUCGGAAGCCGUUGCGCUUGGUCACGGGGGCGAGUCUCUGUCUGACGUUGAGGAGAAUACUCUGGUCGCUAGUCUCUGUGAUCUGUUGGAACGAGUAUGGAGCCAUGGAUUGCAAAAUAAGCAAGGCAAAAGCGCUCUUUGGUCGCACUUGACUAUGUAUCAGGAAUCGGAAGAAUGUAAUGACGCGACUAAAUCUAUAGACUCCAACUUUCUUUCUCCUGCUAAGAAAUCUCCGAAUAAGUUUUUCGGAAUACCGGAUCGUUUGGUUUCAUCUUUGAGAGGCAAAAGUAUUAUUGAAAUUGCUUCUUACAUCAAGGACAAUUUUAAUGAUUUGUCAAAUUUGCAAUUGGAGACGGACGUUUCACCCACACGAGGCACGGAUAAGCACAAAUCUCCUAGUGAGAGGAAAACCAUCGGUCCUGAACACUUGAGACCUCUCCCGGAUUCUCUAAUCUUCGACAUCCGCAACGUGCAAGCGAUGACUGAUAUUAAAACACACAUUGGAUAUGCUAGAGCGUGGGUGCGGUUAGCGCUUGAAAAGAAAUUGCUGUCGCGUCAUUUGAAGACGUUAUUGUCGGAUAUUGCUUUAUUAAGGAGCCAGUACAAACGAUCAGCGUUUUUGCGCUGUGAAGAAGAGAAAGAGCAAUUCUUGUAUCAUCUUCUAACAUUGAACGCCGUCGAUUACUUUUGUUUCACGAAUAACUAUCCAACGACGAAGUUACCGUAUCGAGUUGUGAUAUUUCCCAGUCGAAAGGCAAGCGCUGCUACUACUUCGGCUAAUAGUUGGAUUGCUAUUUCUGGCACACUCUGCGAAACUAAUCCCGUACCCAUACCAAAGGGAGCACUUGAAUUUGUAUUUCAUCAUAAAAAUUUAGGCGUAUUGUCUACGUUACGGAUUGGACAUGAUAAUACUGGGUUAUCGCCAAAAUGGAUGGUGGAGCACGUUGUAGUGAGAAACGAAGUGACUGGACACACGUUUAAGUUUCCCUGUGGUCGUUGGCUUGGCAGAGGAAUAGAUGAUGGGUCUACCGAGCGUUUAUUAGUGGGUGCUUUAGUACCUCGAAGCAUUGAUAGCGAGGAGUUGGUUGAGUCAUGUUCCACGCCUCCAAGAUGUAGAUCUCCAAGUAUACCUAGACGUCCUAUAUUCUCGCAAGUUGAACUGCAACAUAUGCUCGGCGAAGCCGUAAACGCCAUAGUCAAAUAUCACUACAGAAGAGAAUGUCAAGAUGGUUCUUUGACGGCACUAUUAUGUGGAGAAGGAGGACUCGUACCGUCCUUAGAACAAAUAUUUUUAUUUGGCUUUAAAAAUCAAAGGAUAUUUGGAAGGAACUUUUAUGUAUGGGACUAUCUCUUACGCAUAAAAGAAAAUUUUGAGAUUUCCCUGUUGGAGGAAAUGGAUGAAUAUUCUCAAAGGCUCAACCGCGAUAGAAGAGUAUUCACAGAAAGCAGUCAAAGAUUUACGAUCUUGAGAUGUUAUUGUCAUCUCAUCGAUCAGAUCAAUAUGUUCAGUCAAACUUUAGGGAAAAAAUUUCAGUUAUUUAUUUGUUUAGCGGCGAGAGAACAACUUCUUCAUCCAAUGUUGCGGCCGAUGAGCGAUGCGCGUUCUACAAUGGAUAUGUAUGAGGAGAAUUCGUUUUUAAGAAAUCCCACAUUACUGACCUUUCUUAUUCAUAUUCUUGAACCGUUGAGCGAGUUCCACAUUGUCCUCGAGAAGAGCUUGACCCAUGGAAUUUCGAGUAUAUGUUAAUAUUUGUCAAAACGUAUCGAUGUACAUUAAUUUGUUGCAAGUACUUUCGAUAAAUAUCGCGAAUCACGAAAUAUUUUUAAUCUUAAAAAUGGUACGUCCGGCUUUUCAAUUUUAUCAGUAACGAUUUAACUGUUAUUGUGAUGUUUUUAAUUAUAUUGACGAAAUUGGAAUGAUCAAACUUUUCAUGGAUAGAAAUAUUAACAAGAGAACAGAUUUACUAAACAGUAACAAAUGACGAAUUUGAUUGUUAUUACUUGGGAUGAUAAAAAUAUAUACUUGAAAAAUUUCAUUAUUAAGAAAGAGACUAGAAGGAUUUAAUACGUAUAUAUUAAAACUGAAGACUGUUAUGGGGAUGUAGCUGUACAAUAUGCUUUUAUGAAUAACAAAUUAGAGAUUAACACGAGAUUUAUUAAAUAUAAUGUUAAACAAGGAGAACAUAAAUCUCGUUCUGUUUCAGAGGCUUACGAUAUUAUCGUCGAUGAUAAGAAAUUAAUAUAUAAUCAGAAUAUAUUUGGCCCCAUCUUGCCAUAGCUAUUAGCACGAUAAAGGUGGUGUUCGUUGACAUAUUGAUACUAAUGACAAAUUGUACCAAAGAUGUGAUCCUAUUUAAUCAAUAUUAUUUUACAUUAUCAUU